GGCUCGGUGGCGGUGUGGUGGCCUCAGGAGUCCGAGCUAUGGGCACCCGAGCCACCGUAGCUGCGAGCCAUGGGGCACACCUGGCACUGGCUCUGCUGCUGCUGCCGGGGCCCUGGCUGUCGGCUGGAGUCCCCGGAGCUCCGCCACUCUUUAACGUUAGUCUGGACGCGGCCCCGGAGCAGCGCUGGCUGCCGAUGCUGCAGCACUAUGACCCGGAGUUCGUGCGCGCCGCGGUAGCGGAGGUCAUCGGCCACAGGGUUCCCCAGUGGGUACUUGAGAUGAUCGGCGAGGUGGUGUCCAAGGUGGAGAGCUUCCUGCCCCAGCCCUUCACUGACGAGAUCCACGGCAUAUGCAACUUCCUUAACCUCAGCCUGGCCGAGGGUAUCUUGGUCAACCUGGCCUAUGAGGCCUCUGCAUUCUGCACCAGUAUCGUGGCCCAAGAUUCCCAAGGCCACAUUUACCACGGCCGGAACCUGGACUACCCUUUUGGAAAUGCCUUGCGAAAGAUGACAGUGGACGUGCAGUUCCUAAAGAAUGGGCAGGUUGCAUUCACCGGGACUACUUUUGUUGGCUAUGUAGGGUUGUGGACAGGUCAAAGUCCACACAAGUUUACAGUUUCUGGAGAUGAACGAGAUAAAGGCUGGUGGUGGGAGAAUGCCAUCGCUGCACUUUCUCUGGGACACUCUCCGAUCAGCUGGCUUAUCCGCAAAACCCUGAGUGACUCAGAAAACUUUGAAGCCGCCGUUUACACUCUGGCCAAGACGCCCCUCAUCGCUGAUGUUUACUACAUUGUUGGGGGUACCUCGCCCUCAGAGGGGGUGGUCAUCACCCGGGACAGAGGUGGCCCAGCGGACAUUUGGCCCCUUGACCCUCUGAGUGGAGCGUGGUUCCGAGUUGAGACAAAUUAUGAUCAUUGGAAGCCUGUACCCAAGAGGGAUGACCGAAGAACACCAGCCAUCAAAGCCCUAAAUGCCACAGGACAAGCACACAUCAGCCUGGAGGCCCUUUUCCAGGUUUUAUCUGUGUUUCCAGUUUAUAACAACUAUACAAUCUAUACCACAGUAAUGAGUGCUGCCGAGCCUGACAAGUACAUGACUAGGGUCCGGAACCCCAGCUGAAGGUGAUGCUUGCUGAGGAGCUGCAUUUAAAAGACUAAGACAGAGUUUAGUCUUUUGCCGAGAAGCUGCAUUUAAAAGACUAAGAUGUUUUCUUCUGCCUUGUGGGGGGAUCUCUGGGCACACAUCAGGGAAGGUGGAGAGCAGCCCAUUGUCUUACAUCUUCUCCACUCCUAGUCCUCUUGAUUGUCCUUAACAACCCACCCUGCCUGGAACAACUCACAGCAGGUGUCCGAGGUCAGGCUCUAUCCUGCUGGCCUCAGUUCCCCACGAUUCUCUUCCUAUUUCUGCCUUUCUACUGAAGAACUGAAGGGGUAAGACCACUGUCUUGUGGACAAGCCUGGGAAAAGUUUCCCCGAAGGCUGGACCAUAGCAGAGUUUGCCUAACAAGUGCAAAGCCCUGGAUUCCAUCACCACAGAAUAAAGAAAUACAUAAGUUUUCUCAGAAACGUGGAUAACUAUUAUUUGAGUAGAAUUUGUUUGAAGGUAUGUCAGUCUUUGAUUUCUUAUUUCUGUAUAAUGACACUUUCACUUUUUAUGAACUUCUAAUGUAUUUUUUAUUAAAAAAAAAAAACCAACUACUUUCUUAGUACUUUUGAAAAGUAUAUGAAACCAAAUAAUUUCCUGUCAUGUUUAUCGUUUGUUAAUAAAAUGUCAAAAGAUGUCAGGGAGAAUAAAAACUUGCAAG